AGGCAGUGUAUCUGCAGGGAAUGUUGCUGGAGUAGGGGCUGCAAAACAGAGCAGGUCUGGACCAGCACGUGUGUUAAAGAACCGGAGUGUAACUGGCAGAGGCAGGUUGGAAGGGAAGAAUCAGCAUUCCUCCCGUGUCGGUAGGGGUUAAUGGGAAAUUCUCUGCCCGGUUGGACAUCCUCUCUAGUGCAAGGGAUGCUUCCUCCUAUAGAACUAAUGUGCAGCCUCUGGGAACAUGGGGAGAUUUUAAAGGAAAACAGGUGAACAGUAAACAUUGUACGGCUCCUGGCUCAGAACUUGACCACUCUGCGUAGAGUGGAGUAAAAGAUUGAGGGCUAAUACGGAUUCUUAGGUGUGCAUGAUGUUGCAUUGGUAGGCAUCAGGGUGUGCAAAUGAUACACAAAUCUGGCAAGGCUGAGAAUUACCUAGAUCUGAGAGAUGCCAGGUGAAUCUUAUCCACUGGAAAGUAUCAUCCAUCACAUGUAGAUAGUUCUGUGCCAGUGAAAGCUUUUCAGAGCUGUGCAUUUCUGUUUUACAGAUUCAGAGAAGGAACCAGGAUAAAGGGUCUGUAUAAGAUGAAGCAAUGAAUCCUUACUGAAGCAUCAGACUUAGCAGGUAAGAAAGCCAGGAAGGAGAUAAUGCUGAGUCAGACUGUGUUCUUUCUGUACCACUACUUGAAUUUUUUGAGAACAUGUGAACCACAUACUUGAAACACUGCACCUCUCUGUGGUGUUCUCUUCAUCAUAGUAGGCCUGUGUUGCCAGAAUUGAGAGGCCAGGGAUGUCAGUGAAAUGGGAGUGACCCUGAAAAAUUCAGCAAGAGGUUCUGGAAAGAAAAGUUCAAUUAAAGAUGUAAGCCAGUGCUCUUGACAUGCCGUCUGGGAAAGCAGUUCUUAAAUGUGCUCUAUCAGUGCCAAAGUAGCCAUGCUGUCUGUAUAAUUCACAAGGGAUCUGCCCAGCCAUAAUCCAAACGAAAUCCUUUCUUGCAGUCCUGCUCUUGCAAUAAUGGCAAUGUCAAAGUUAGGUGGUUCUAGUGACCCUCUGUUCUGUCACAUUAUUUUUCCACAAAAAUUUUAACUGUUCCUGUGAUGGGUGGUGCAGGUGUACCUGAACUCGCUGUUGAGAUCCAGUUUAGAGGAGCAGUUAUUUGGUACCCAGCAGCUGUUUUUUUGAUUGUACACUGUCAGAUCACCUUUAUAACAACUCCUUUCUCACUUCUUCACUUCCUAGUAGAUCACUGCAGAAAGCAUUUGUAUCCCAGCAGUGCUUUGCAUACAGCGUGAUUUAGCUUCUGGAUGUUAAAUUAAGCAUGGAUGUUAGUAUUUAAGCUACCAAGUCUUGGCUGUGGUAUCAAGAGGAGUUUUUCAUUCCUUCCCAGGCACACAGUGUUCUUGAAAUCCUGCAAAUGCAUUUCAGCAGGGCCAGUGUUCCAAAGUGCAGCCCAUGGUUAUCUUCAUCUUUAAUAUUAACAAGGCAUUGGGUCAGGAGGGGAUGAGUUACUUGCCAAGACCUGUUGCCUCUUCGCUCUCCAAACCAGCUUUCUGAACUAAAGAUGACCUUGCAUGCUUUUCCACUCUGUUUCAAGUUGUUUGUUGGUUGCUGCUAAGUCACUUGCUUUGCAGCCAACAAACCCUCAAUUCUUAUCUCUGCCAUCCACUCUAAAUACAAUCAUGGUGUAGCUUGUCAGGGAGAUAGGCUAAAGCUUUGAAAAAGGUGUAGUCUUUUGCAAGUCUGCCUGCUUCUUGUCCCAGAGCAGAACAAAUCAAGUCAGAUGGGACGAGUGAUUUUUGGUCAGCAUGCUGGUCUGAAUGGUACCAGAGCUGGCUUGGAGAAAGGCAGCUGGUGUGGCAUAUAAAGUGUUUUUAGAAAGGUGAAGAAGGCCAAGCUAUUUGAGCAGUACAAAGUAAACAAAUUUUGAUAAAAUAUAACUGUAUUUUUUGGUAGUUGAUUUCAUGGCUGUGAAUCUUGGAGGCUGAUGGUUUUUCUGAAGGUGAGCUCCCUAACCUGUUAAAAUGUCUGCCAUAUUUUAUGGAGAAGCUGCUGAAAACUGGAUUCUGAAAUUUCCAUGUAUCACCACAUCUAGUGUAGAGCCAAGAAGCAGUUCUGUAGGUUAGGUCCUGACAAAUUUUCUGUGUUGUGUAUUUGUUGUCACAGGUCUCACUUCUCCAGCCCAGAGUGACAGCAGAACUCUGUGCCUUCCGUGUUGCUGGGAGAAAUGCAACAUGUGGAGGUCUCAAUAGGAUUCCUCUGCUAAUAAAUGAGGAUCUGGCUUGACACCUUUUUGAUUCAUCUUGCUCUUUUUACUGGGCUUGUCAUAAUAGAGCAGAUUUUCUUGACCAUUUGACUUGAUUAAUGCUUUGAGAGUAAAUUUAAGGUUCUGAAACUGGGUAUAUUAAUCUCCUUGCUUGAGGGCUUUUGGUUGGGAAGGUAUCUCCUUUCAGUAUGACACCCUAAGCUUUGGAGAGAGUGCUUGUUGGCAUUCAUGCCAGCUGUGUGUAUUUCAGAUCACUAGUAACUGGGUAAAUGUGAUCCUCUCUGAGAUUCAUUUUACGCAGGACUGCAAAGGAACUAUGUGUGUAACCUAUACAAACUGGAUGAAUGCCUUAGGUCAUGAAAUAAUCCAUCCUGUUUCCCUGCCAGUUCCCUUACCUGAGGGCUUUUCCUUAGAUCUAGAUUGGCUGAGUCUGUAGUAGGAAGAAUGUUACUUUUUAAGUUGAAAUACCUUUACAGCUUGUUGGAGAGGAAGGGCGAUGCUAUGGUCAGAAAGAUAUCUAAUUUCUGCCACAGAUUUAUUUUGUUCAGAUCAUCGCUGUUUCUUACUCUUCAUUCUUUGCUUGGAAAAUAAGAUUAACACUGGUCUUGCUAGGAAUUUGAGGAUGAACCCAUAGGUGUGUAGAUGCUUAGAUACUGUGGUGUUUAAUGCUUUAGUAAAGCUCUGUGGAAAAGAAAUGGAAAGGGUAUUUCAAGCUGUGAUUUCAGAAUGAAGCAGACCCCUGUCUGAUCCAUUGUCCUGUGUAUUCUGUAGCAUGGUGAAAUUGUUAUGGAGUUCAAGUCAGGCCCUGCCUUGUUCAAGGCAAGUGGGCAUUCUGAGACCUCACCAUUUUUGCCUUCCCAGGAACUAUUUGCUUGUUUUGCUCACAUCUAACAUUGCCUGAAUAUUUUUUACUUCAAGGACAAUUUUCUCUUUUUUGCUUCGUUGUUUGUUCCAUUCUCAGAAACCAUUCUCUUCAUUGUUAGGAUAUUCAUGGAUGUAUGGUUUUAUUCCAAAUAUGCUCAGCCAGAGAGGGCCAAAAGCAGCAGCUUGCAGGAUGUUUUGUAUUUGGAAUGACAUGAGCCAGCCUCUCUGGAGUGUCCUCCUGGGAGCUGCUCUUCGGAAGGAAAUAGCGUGGAAAACCAUGUAGGAGUGUGAGAAUAGCUUUGCAAUGGUUGGAAUGCACUAUAAGCAUCACUUGGGUGGGCUCAGUUUUUCUCUGCUUUUCAACAAUGCUGGGUGCCAAGCCUGAGGAAGACUGCUGUGCAAGGGUGAAGGAGCUGGAAUGUAUUCUUCAGUUGAGGUGAAUGCAAUUCAGUGAAACUGAUAGGCAUCAAACUGAAUAAUGAUUUUAAAGUAUUUUCACAUGAUGUCUAAUCUGUGGAAAUUCACUACCACAUAAUAGCACUGAGGCUAAGAACUGAGCAGGAUUCAGAAAAGAUCAAGCACUUAGGAGUGGAAAUGUUCAGACUUGCUUUAGUUAAAGAACUUGUUUUAGACGGUGUAUUUUUCAGACCUAAUCCAAUCUCUUAACAGGUAAAGGUUUGAAGAAAGGGUAGUGUGUUCCAUAAAUGUCCACUAAGGCUUCUUGCUCCAGCUACUAAACCACCUUAAUGUAUUGGUGUCAGGGGCAAGGUAUUGAAUCACUUAUGUGCUAUGUUAGGUUGCUCGCUGACCUUGCUUUUUGUGGUAACUGCAUUAGGGUAAAAAAAAAACCAACAAAUCACCAACCAAAGAACAAAUCCACAAAGCACUGCAGCUGCUCUGAUUAGUCCUGGUAGUUGAGGAUUUUAAGCUGAUGAAGAGCAAGGUCUGUGGAUAGAUAGUGUGGUUUGUAGAGGAGGACCAUCUUACUGAUGAACAUGGAGACAAGCAGCUAUUGUCUUUUCAUGCUGAGUAGUCAUGCAAAGCACUUGCUGCUUCUUCCUUUCGCUUGUAAGAGGGAAAAGAAUGCGUAGAGUUUGGCCUCUCCACGUUGCAGUCUUCUUGUGGACUUUAGUCCGUAAGGUGUCUGAAAGGCAGGGCAUUAAGGCUGUUGAAGUGACUCAUACUGCAGCCUGAGUCUCAGUGUGCUAAUGUCUAUGAAGACAUUUUGUGUCCUGUGCUCAUGUCCAGUCUGUUGAGGAUCAGGAGAAUCAUCAGUGCUGCAAGAGCUGUUGGCCAGAUGCUGCUGAAUGUUGACAGGAGAAAGCUGAUUCGGAGACAAACGACCAGAAAUGUUUGGACACGUCGUCACUUUGGAUCUGUCAUCUGAGUGAGUGUCCUUGCUUCAUGAGGCUUUGGAUCUGAGCCCAGGCUGGUAACCCACUUUCGGAGCCGCGCAGGUGGGAGGAUGUCGAGCACAGCCCCAUCAAAGAAGCCUUACCGCAAGGCGCCCCCGCAGCAUCGCGAAAUCCGACAUGAGGUACCCAUCAUUCGUGACGACCAGGAUGGAGUGAUCUUGGCUGAGCAGAGUCAGGAACCCUUGACGGAUGCGGAAAGGAUGAAGCUACUGCAACAUGAGAAUGAGGAGCUUCGGCGGCGGCUGACUUACGUGACUAACAAAAUGGAGGCAAUGGAGAGGGAACUGGAGUCAGGUCAGGACUACCUGGAGAUGGAACUGGGCCAGAACCGUGAGGAGCUGGAGAAGUUCAAGGACAAAUUCCGUAGGUUGCAGAAUAGCUACACUGCUUCCCAGAGAACCAACCAAGAUCUGGAGGAGAAGCUGCAUGCCCUGAUAAAAAAGGCAGAAAUGGACCGCAAGACACUGGACUGGGAAAUUGUAGAGCUCACUAAUAAGUUGCUUGAUGCCAAAACCACCAUCAAUAAGCUGGAGGAACUCAAUGAACGCUAUCGACAGGACUGUAACCUUGCAGUACAGCUGCUCAAGUGUAACAAGUCUCACUUCAGGAACCACAAGUUUGCUGAUCUUCCCUAUGAGCUGCAGGACAUGGUGAAUAAGCAUUUGCACAGCACACAGGAGUCUGCAGGCCCUGGCCAAGAGACAUUCCACACCUUGGCUCCAUCUGAUGUUGUGCCCACCUCAGUCAUUGCCAGAGUUUUGGAGAAACCAGAAUCUCUGGUUCUGAAUUCAGCCAAAUCUAGCAGUGGCAGCUGUCCCAUGGCUGAGGAUGUCUUCGUGCAUGUGGACAUGAGCGGAGCCCUUCCUGAUGCCUGCAACAGUGCAGGGCAGAUGGGGAAGGAGGGAGGAGAUGCGGGGAAACAGCAGAACGGUGGCUGCAAGCCACAGAAUAGUGUGGAAAGUGUGCCUGAGGAGGUGCCUGCCUUUGAGAAGCUAAGCCCUUACCCUACUCCCUCACCUCCCCAUCCUAUGUACCCAGGGCGCAAAGUGAUUGAGUUCUCUGAGGACAAGGUAAGGAUCCCAAAGAACAGCCCCCUGCCCAACUGUACGUAUGCUACACGCCAGGCCAUCUCCCUCAGCCUGGUACAGAGUGAAGAUGAGAGCUGCGACAGGCACCGGACACUCCCCAGCAGCCCUGCUUCAGAAGGGCGCCGUUCAGCCUCCAGCUGUUCCUGUCAGCAGUCCCCCAAAGCAGCCAGGGCUCACGGCUCUUCCCAGAGCAGCCCGUUCAGCAGCCCUCCCCAAAUCCCGAGCGCCUUUGCCAGCUCUGCCAGCUCUGAAGAGGACCUGCUGGCUAACUGGCAGCGUAUGUUUGUGGAUAAGGCACCCCCCACCUCGGAGCGAGUGCUGAUGAACCGCACAGCUUUCAGUCGUGACACAGCCCCCGAGCUCCAGAAGAGGUUCAGCCGCUCCAUGCAGGAGUUGGGUAGGGCAGCGUCAGCUUACUCGGAUGGUGAGGAAUCUGCACAGAGCUGCAGCUGGACCGUGAGCCGGGACUCAAGUGUGGACACAGACAGCACCGAGUCCAGAGCCCGCAGGAGCCAUUUCUCCUCAGACUAUGGUACAGAUUUCUCCCAGGAUGAAGCCCAGAAGCUGGUGCUUGAAAGCAGUGGAGGCACUGCUGAGCCUGAAAGCCCCUCACCAGAGAAGCACAAGGACUAUGUAGACCUUGGCUUGCCUGAGAGCCCAGCCGAGGAGAGAGAAAUGCUGCUCCAAGGAAACAAGGAGAGCAGCCAAGGAGGUGUCCAAGAGGAAAGCGGAGAAGGCAGGGUCAAGCCUCCUUUCAGUCGGCCACACCGCAGCCCCAAGAGGAUGGGGGUGCACCACUUACAUCGCAAAGACAGUCUGACACAAGCCCAGGAACAGGGCAACCUUCUCAGCUGAGGCAGAGCAAGAAGCAGCCACGCUUAGCAGAGCUGUGGGAUGCGCCCAUCAGUCUACCUGAGGGAGAAGCCUCCCUUAGUACCCUCCUCCCCAGGGAAAUCUGCUCUGAGAUUUUAUAUUUAUUCUCUUCUUUUGCUACCUGGAAGAGCUGGGAUCUCCCUUCCCCAGCACGUCAGACCCACAGUACAAGCACACACAGUGUGCAGAAGCACACCCACUGCCCUGACACACUCGCAGCUCUCUUCACAGCCUCACACUGGUGCCUGUACCAGAGCUAGUUCUUGGUACCCCUUGUCCUGGUGCCUGUGCCUCUUUUUGAUCUCAUCCCCCUUCUCACUCAGGUACCUGAGGCCCUGAGUGCUCUCGAGUUGUUUCCCCACAGCUGCUCUGCUCUCUUUUAACUUGUGCCAACAGAGCAGAGUGCCUGUGUGGUGGUGUCUGAUUCCCCGGGAGCCCCAGGGACUGUGACUGGGGCACGAGGACUGUCCCAGCAGAUGGCUGUGUGCCGUGGGGAUGUGCUGGGAUUGCUGGUGUCUCAUUUUCCUCCUGGGUUUUGUUAUCUGCCUCUGCAAGGUCACUGUCGUGUGUCUCCAGGGCUGGGCCUGUGCACAGGGGCUGGUGCUGUGGUGUGGGGCACGGGUGCUGCCUGCUGAAGUGGUUUGAGAAGGCAGUGCCUGCUGGGCACUGGAGUUUGUGUCUCUUCCCUCACACCUCUUCCCUUGCUCUCUGUGCUGUUGUUUUGUUUGAACGGUGCUGAUGCUUUGCUCUUGGGUGGGCUUCUUUCUUCUUUCCAAGCCUUUGGUUUUGGGGUGUAUUGUUUUUUUCUUUCCCCCGCCCUGCAUAAACAGACACAGCCGUUGGCAACCAGUCUGAUGCCUGCACUGAAGGUGUGUUGAGAAGUCAGAGCUAUCAGAGCUGCACUUCCCACUGAUCCUGGCCUCCAGCCUGCAGAAACCCCUCCAGAUUCAAGAACAAGGUCUUGCCCCAGGCAAGCAAGGCGUGAAGGAUACUACCGGGCUUUUCUGGGAAGGGCUUGGUGCAGGGCCAGCAGGGAUGCGAGGGCAGCGUGCUGAGGAGCUGCUCCCUGCAGAUGCACUACCUCAUGGCUUGGUAGCAGCCCUUCACUAGGGUCUCCUUGCACGCCCCCUUCUCUGGGAGGCCCCAGGCUCUGGUGUCUCUCUGAGGCCUCCCUUUAUGGGUAGGGCUCUGCGUGUUUUUCCUAGCCUAGUGUGAUUUUGUGUGACUUUUCUUCUCAGUCUUGUGUGCUUAGUGUCUUGUUGGGGGGGAGGGAAGGGGAGAGGUCUGUAGAUGUAGGUAUUUUUUGGGGGGCUUAAAAAGCCCAGGCCUCCUGUUUUUAAUUUUGUCUUGUGCCCUUGUCUGUCUGGUGUUUCUUGGCUUCCAUGGGGGUGUGGGGCAGAGAACAGCCAAGUUCCCUUCACCAUACCCCCUUCAAACCUUGCCCUCCACCUGCUGUCUGGUUUUUGAGUUGCAUUAGUGUUGUCCUCCCACCCUACACCAUGCGGGCUCUCCAUUGGGCUGGAGGAGAGCAUCCUUCUCUCCAGGAGGGAGCAUCUGUUCAUAUACUUACAUCAAGAUUUGCAGCCAAGAGCUGUCUGGGGGCCCUGCUCCCCUCCCCAAACCCCUGUCUCUGUAAAGGGCUUGCAGCUUGUAGCUGGGGCCAGCCAGGGCUUCAGCUUGAGCCUGGAGGCUCCGGGCCAGUGAAAGGGAGCUGCAGGCUUCUCUGGCAAGCUGUGUAGGUUUUUUUAUGUACCCUGGGCAGAGCUGCUGCCUACACACUCACCUUUUUUCUCACCUGGAACAGUUGUGGAGCUGGAUGCCACCCUCUAGUGGGGAGGUGGGACUCAGUAUUUCACUGCAGUGUUUUUCACUGUGCAGACAGGCUGGUGCUGAGAGUGGGAGCCUUCUCUGAGCCUGCAGAGUGUUCAUCUCUCCUGUCCCGGUUGUGAUGGGGGGAUGUCCUUGUGUUUGCUGCCAUCAGCCACUCCACUGCUACAUUUCUUUUGUUCUUCUGCAGCACUGCUGAGGGUUUGCAUCUGCAGCAGCUGCCAGAUCCUGCCUCACUGAUGUCACCUGGGGUUGGAUGCUCACUGAGCCAGCUGCUCUGGCUCUGAGGCUGCAAUGGGGGAGGUAUUGCCCCCAGGGCUCAGCCCCAUCUACCCUGAAUCCUGGCAUGCUGGUCAGUGGACAAAACUCCUUUCCUGAGGCAAUUGGACAGAGCUGGCCUUGCUCUGCUUUUGGUCAAAGUAGACUGAAAAGCAAAACAGUGAAGUGGAGGGUUGGCAAAGGUUUGCCCAGCACCUCACCAGACACUUGUGCUUUGCAGCAUUAGGCUGCUGGCAGAGGUUGAGAGGGAGUGGUGGCCUCAAGCAGCAGAGCCCUCUCUUUCCCUGUGGGUAUUGUGUCCUCGGCACUCGUGCCCACCUCCAGCAGUAUUGGCUCUGGGGCCUUGAGCCUGUCCCACUUCCAGUGUCCCAACUCCAGACUGUUAAUCUGUAACUAAUGUGUUUUUUUCUGAGAUUUUCAAGCUGAUGUAUAUUUUAAGACCAGAAAUAAACUAUUUUAAAAGUA